UGGGGAACCUGCUCAAAGCCCUGGGUCGCUUGGAAGAAGCCAAGAAGGUUUCAGGUGGGUGAAACCUCCUAUUCCAUGCGUAAGGUGCCUCGCUGAAGGGAGCUCGAGGCCUGGAUCUAGGGCAGACACACACCUCCUCCUCUUCCAGCAAGGAACGCACCGAAAAGUCACAUGAUGAGAAAUAUGGUAACGGGUUUGUAACUGCCACAGCAAAACAAUUUGCCUCCAUGCCUGAAUCUUCUGUCUUGUGGCUUCAGAAACAGCUUAAAAUAAUUUUAAUACAAGCAAGUUAUGUAAGAAAAUGUUUUAUACUGUAGCCACAAUUCUGUCAAAGAUAAGUAAAAGUUAAUUGAUAUUAAAAUUAUUAGAGAUAAUUUACUAGUAAAAGCUUCUAACUCUUCUUGUUGUUCAUUUUUUCCUUUUUUCUUCUUUGUUUGGAUUGCAGCAUUCUGCUCUUCUGAUGAUGCGCUGUGACCCUGCAGUAGCGCAAAGGCUGCGCAGCGUUAAUGCGCAAUGCGUGCAAAUGAGCCCCUGUGAACGGUUGACUAGAUGAGUAAUCUGAUUGACUGGCUCCCUCAGUCCUAUUCUGUAGCCUUUUUGGAUAAAAUUGGGUUUUAACAUACCUUGAGUCCAACUAAUCUCAUUAAGAAAAUAUUCUCUAUGGGCCUGUCUAGUAGAUUAAUGGAUCUGGUUGGCCGUUUGCUGCGUCUAGGGGUGUUCUAUGUAGCGCAGCAGUUCGCAGCGAUUGCGCAGUGCGAUGCUGUUAGGUUGCGCAAGCGAUGUUUGCGCUCGCAUUACAGGGACCUCAACCUAGGUGCAAUCCUGUCAUAUGAGGUUUCAGCUUCAGUCCCCCUUGGAGACAAGGGCAUUGUGAGGAUGUGACUGACAGCUUGGCCUUAAUAUUUGCCUUGGCAGAAAAACAUUUUCCUCCUCAGCAUAGUUUGAUGUUAGUGAGGAGCAGUAUUGUUUGUUUAGAGCAGCAUUUCCCAAAAUGUGUUUUAUAAGUAUUAUCAUGAAAUGUCCAAUAAAAGAGGAAUUCCAUGAUCAACUAAGUCUAGGGAACCCUCUGUAUACUGUUAAAGGCUUAGGGAAGUCCUAUAGUCAAGAAACCUAUUUUCUGUUUUCUUAUUUGAUCAUGAAAUCUUUUUUUCCUGGUAAUAACUGUUAUCACCUUGUAGAACACACUUUGGGAAACUUGGGUAGGGAAGAUAGGUGGGAAGAAUUUACCCUUAAGUUGUACCUUCUAGAUACCAUUUGAAAACAGUAGCAGGAGCCCUUGGGUGUUCAGAUAAGAGAAGUCUGGCAUAGCGUCUUAAGGCAGCUGACUUCCUGGUUAAGUCCCAGUGUAAGGGUUGGUUAUCGGUUGGCAGAACUGAACAUGGUGGUUUGCACCUGGGUUCUGGUGGCGCAAGCGCAGGAGCAGCCAGCUGUGGCAGCGCAUUAGUUUUGGCGCAAGCGAGCCUAUGCUGCAGGGUCACUUUUGGCUGGUCAGAGAAGGAAUAAUGAUAUCACCUUCUUCCCCCUCCCCCAAUCUUUUUUUUUUUUCCCCUUUACAAAUUUUCCCCUUUCCCUUUACCUCCUUCCCCUCCCAUCUUCUUCUUUCAUUAACCCCUCCUAAGGCAUGUUAUUUGAAAGCAAUUGAGACGCAACCGAACUUUGCAGUAGCUUGGAGUAAUCUUGGCUGUGUUUUUAAUGCACAAGGGGAGAUUUGGCUUGCAAUCCAUCACUUUGAAAAGGCUGUCACGCUUGACCCCAAUUUUCUGGAUGCUUAUAUCAAUUUAGGAAAUGUCUUGAAAGAGGCACGGAUUUUUGACAGAGCUGUGGCAGCUUACCUUCGUGCCCUAAGCUUGAGUCCAAAUCAUGCAGUGGUACACGGCAACCUGGCUUGUGUGUACUAUGAGCAAGGACUGAUAGAUCUAGCAAUAGACACCUACAGGCGAGCUAUUGAACUGCAACCACAUUUCCCUGAUGCUUACUGCAACCUAGCCAAUGCUCUCAAAGAGAAGGGCAGUGUUGCCGAAGCAGAAGAUUGUUACAACACAGCUCUCCGACUGUGUCCCACCCAUGCAGACUCUCUGAACAACCUAGCCAAUAUCAAACGGGAACAGGGAAACAUUGAAGAGGCAGUUCGCUUGUAUCGUAAAGCAUUAGAAGUCUUCCCAGAGUUUGCUGCUGCCCAUUCAAAUUUAGCAAGUGUAUUACAGCAGCAGGGAAAACUGCAGGAAGCUCUGAUGCAUUAUAAGGAGGCGAUUCGAAUCAGUCCUACCUUUGCUGAUGCUUACUCUAAUAUGGGAAACACUCUAAAGGAGAUGCAGGAUGUUCAGGGAGCCUUGCAGUGUUACACUCGUGCCAUUCAGAUUAACCCUGCAUUUGCAGAUGCCCACAGUAAUCUGGCUUCCAUUCACAAGGAUUCAGGGAAUAUUCCAGAAGCAAUUGCUUCUUAUCGCACUGCUCUGAAGCUUAAACCUGAUUUUCCUGACGCUUACUGUAAUUUGGCUCAUUGCUUGCAGAUUGUCUGUGACUGGACAGACUAUGAUGAGCGAAUGAAGAAGUUGGUUAGCAUUGUGGCUGACCAGUUAGAGAAGAAUAGGUUGCCUUCUGUGCAUCCUCAUCAUAGUAUGCUAUAUCCUCUUUCUCAUGGCUUCAGGAAAGCUAUUGCUGAGAGGCAUGGGAACCUCUGCUUGGAUAAGAUUAAUGUCCUUCAUAAACCACCAUAUGAGCAUCCAAAAGACUUGAAGCUCAGUGAUGGUCGACUGCGUGUAGGAUACGUGAGUUCUGACUUUGGGAAUCAUCCUACUUCUCAUCUUAUGCAGUCUAUUCCAGGCAUGCACAAUCCUGAUAAAUUUGAGGUAUUCUGUUAUGCCUUGAGCCCAGAUGACGGCACAAACUUCCGAGUGAAGGUGAUGGCAGAAGCCAAUCAUUUCAUUGAUCUUUCUCAGAUUCCAUGCAAUGGAAAAGCAGCUGAUCGCAUCCAUCAAGAUGGUAUACACAUCCUUGUAAAUAUGAAUGGUUAUACCAAGGGUGCUCGAAAUGAGCUCUUUGCUCUCAGGCCAGCUCCUAUUCAGGCAAUGUGGCUGGGGUAUCCUGGGACUAGUGGCGCACUUUUCAUGGAUUAUAUCAUCACUGAUCAGGAAACUUCACCUGCUGAAGUUGCUGAGCAAUAUUCUGAGAAGCUGGCUUAUAUGCCUCAUACUUUCUUUAUUGGUGAUCAUGCUAAUAUGUUCCCUCACCUGAAGAAAAAAGCAGUUAUCGAUUUUAAGUCCAAUGGACACAUUUAUGACAAUCGGAUUGUGCUGAAUGGCAUCGACCUCAAAGCAUUUCUUGAUAGUCUACCAGAUGUGAAAAUUGUCAAGAUGAAAUGUCCUGAUGGAGGAGACAAUGUGGACAGCAGUAAUACAGCUCUUAAUAUGCCUGUCAUUCCUAUGAAUACUAUUGCAGAAGCAGUUAUUGAAAUGAUUAACAGAGGACAAAUUCAGAUAACAAUUAAUGGAUUCAGUAUUAGCAAUGGACUGGCAACUACCCAGAUCAACAAUAAGGCUGCCACUGGAGAAGAGGUUCCUCGUACCAUUAUUGUAACCACACGUUCUCAGUAUGGGUUACCGGAAGAUGCCAUUGUGUACUGUAACUUUAAUCAGUUAUAUAAAAUUGACCCUUCCACUUUGCAGAUGUGGGCAAAUAUUCUGAAGCGUGUUCCCAAUAGUGUACUGUGGCUGUUACGUUUUCCAGCAGUAGGAGAACCUAAUAUUCAGCAGUAUGCACAGAAUAUGGGACUUCCUCAGAACCGUAUCAUUUUUUCACCUGUUGCUCCUAAAGAGGAACAUGUCCGGAGAGGCCAGCUGGCUGAUGUCUGUCUAGACACUCCCCUUUGUAAUGGGCACACCACAGGGAUGGAUGUUCUCUGGGCAGGGACACCCAUGGUGACUAUGCCAGGAGAGACUCUUGCUUCUCGAGUUGCGGCUUCCCAGCUCACUUGUUUAGGUUGUCUUGAGCUUAUUGCUAAAAAUAGACAAGAAUAUGAAGACAUAGCUGUGAAGCUGGGGACUGAUCUAGAAUACUUGAAGAAAAUUCGUGGCAAAGUCUGGAAGCAGAGAAUAUCUAGCCCCCUGUUCAACACCAAACAAUACACAAUGGAACUAGAGAGGCUGUAUCUACAGAUGUGGGAGCAUUAUGCAGCUGGCAACAAACCUGAUCACAUGAUUAAGCCUGUUGAAGUCACUGAGUCUGCCUAAAUAAAGACACCAUGUACACAGGAGAAUUACCCCUAUACCUGAGCCUCAACCUUCUGGUGAAAGGGAACUAGAUAUGUACUUUUUACUUAUCUGUAUGGUAUCAUGUUGCAGAUGGGUGACAAAUAAUGAUAAUACAAUAGCACAGCCAGACUUGCUUCCUGCAUGAUAGGGAGAGACACAGGAGAUGGGAAACUGCUAUUCCACAAGGAGUCUCCAUAGGAUUUUGCAGCAACCAGGUGGUGCAUAGGUCUGGAAGGUCUGAUCUCCCUUGGUCUUCCAUGGGAUGGAUAGUGUGGAGGGGAGAGAGAGAUUGUCCAGCCGUUUUGUGAUUCCAUGGAUUGAUGAGUCUUCUGAAUUAAUUUUUUUCUUUAUAUUUUGGGUAUUGGAGCUUUUAAAAAUGUUUGGUUUCAGGUAUUUUUAUUCAUGUGAAGUGUAUAUGAUUCUCUUGAAAUAAGGUUUUAAGCUAAAUUUUCCUUGUUUUAGUUUCUGAACUCUAUGGAUUAAUGGGAACUUUGCUGGUGUAGUCUUUUUAUAGGUUUUAUAAACCACUUGAGCCUAUAUCAGUCGUUUUAGUGUCUGACAUAAUGUCUGGAGCUAUCAGUGCUUUGUUGGUUUAGAUGAUGAUGACAAUGACGAUGAUGAUGAUGACUUAAUAUUUUUCCUGGUCUGUUUCCUAGUUCCUUCUUCCCCUCCCCCGACUUUAAAAUUUUUCCUGUAACUUGGCUAACAAAACCAAGUCUGAUUCAGAACCUCCCAGAGUGUUUCUCUUAAACAUAUCAUCUGGUGCCAAAUGAAAAUUCUUAGGAGUGAUUAUUAAUUAUGAAGGGCACAGUUGUGGUACUGUCAUUGAUGAUAAUAAUAUAGGUUUUCUUGGCCUAGAGUCUUGACCUAUUUCACCAGUGUUUUACCUUUGACUGUCCCUCUAUGCUGCUUCCAAAAGUGAUAAUGUGUGAUAAUAUUUUUACCUUCAUUUCUGAAGUUUGUUUUUUUAAAGUGAGUCCUGUUCUUCCUAUUUCUUUCAGCAGAAAUGAAAUCCCAGGUAAGUAUUCAAAUAUUUGAUCAGUAAGUCACAGUUAUCUCUGAUACAUUAAAUAACUUUCAUCAAAAACAUGUUAUAGGAAAAAAGCUCGAAAGGACCAGAUAAUGUAUAUGAGUAAUUAUUUUUCAGACCUUCUAGGGUAUCAUGUGUUGUUAACUGUCUUCUGGACUUGAUCCUGAAGUCUUUUCGGACUCAGCCUCAGUAGUAGCAAACUGCACUGCUACUUGAUUCGGAGUACAAAUUAGACUUUAGCUCUCCUGGAGCUUGAGUUUUUUGGUAUUAAAAAACCAUAGGAAUAAAAUUACUGAAUUUCAACAAAGGAUCGAGAGCUUGAGGCUUAAAUAAGCCAACAUAUGAAUAUAUGUUUUUGUCUUGCUGUACUGCACAUAUGCUAUCCAGUAACAGGUAAUAUUUUGUCUGCUAGUAGUGUUCUAGAUUAUAAUGUCUUUCCAAAGUGCUGAGGCAGUGCACCUAUUUUGUAGUUGCAGCUGAUGCCUGAAUGUAUCCUAGCUGACAAAUUAUUGAUUAAUAAGAACUUUCUGAAAUUUCUGAAAGAUUCAUACUAUUAACCAAAAUCUGAGCAGAGAGUCUCAAGUGUAAUUCUAACCAGAAUUACAUGUUAAUGAACUUGUGUACCUUUUAACAAUGUAAAUGAAAGAACAUCAGUUUAGGGAUUUCUUAAUUUAUUUUUUAUCUAAUUAAGAUACCAGUUAAAGGUUGCCAGCUUGGUUGCAGAUAAAUUGAUGUUUGAAAUUCACCAAGCUACUUAAUGUGGAAUAGGAUAAUAUACUUCCAGUGCCCUCAAGGCUGUGACCUUACAGCCAUUUUACAUAGCACAUCAUUCCUCCUAUAGGGAUGAACCUUUUCCUGGCACGAAAAGUAGCCGCUCUGGUUGAAGCUUUGCUUAUCGUAACAGGCUUUUGUUUCCAGGUAACAUGUCUGUGGAGGACUUAUUUCUGAAUAGAGAUAUAGAUAUUACUGGAAACUACUUGUUUUUUUCUAUUAUACUCUGCUUUAUCAAAGAAGUAAAACAUUUAAAUUGUGCUACAGAAAUUCAGAUGUUGUCUUGCAAUCUUUAAACAAUAAAUGAAUGAUUUGCCCUUAA